AAAGUGAGCCCUCUCCCAAAAAGCGCUUGCACCCAGGCGUUGCAACGUAGCGAGAGAGCAGUUAUAAGUCGCCGCGCAGCGCAAUCCCCAGCUGUGUUGCAAGAAAACCCUCGUCGCGCGACGCUCACAAAUCUUUUGACCUGGGCUGUGGUCACAGCCUGUUUAGCGCUGCGCGCACGCGCCACCAUGAGUUACGGCGAGACGAACCUCACCUUCGUCGCGACGCUGACGACGCUCCUCUUCUGCAGUCUUUAUAUUCACUCGCAAGUGCAAACGAGCCCCGCGGCGCCGAUGUACGAUUAUGAUCAACAAAGUGACUGGCGGCCCGCGCCGCGGCCCGUCACACAACCGCGGCCCUACCAGCGGCCCGCGCCCCAGGUGCACUACCCGAAGCCGACGAUGAGGCCGACGGCGGCGCCCAAGCAAGCUCAAAAGGCGGCGCCCGUGGCCUCGUGCCUCGACGACGCCUCCUGGUACUACGGCAUGGACAAGACGAAGAACUGCGUUCAUGUGGCGGAAAAGCCCCAAAAACGGUGCCAGACCUCCGACGGCACGCGGACUGGAUUGGAGGCGUGUCCCCAGAGUUGCGGCGUGCCUUGUAGUGUGUCCUACGCGCCUACUUCUGUAGCCGAGUUCUCCCAUAAACCUUCGAUGAGGCCGACGCGCAAGCCCCACGCCUUUAUCCGGUACGACGACGACGACGCUGUAGUUGUGGAGGACGCUUACACCUUUCCGUGGUGGCGCCUCACGUUCGGGAUCGUGGUGCUAGGUGGAUUGGCCUGGGUCUUCACGAAGUCGACGCUCGACGGGGCCUACGAUAGGCUGUCGCGGACGGUGCCGCUGCCGGGCGCGGUCUUCGGCUCGUCUUCGUCGGAGUACGAGCGCGUCUAG